AUGAAUGAGAAGAAACAUCUGAAAGUGAUAAGGAUGUUGGAAACGAUAGCUGAGACGGCAACAACAUCAGCAGCCCACAUAGCUCAUGAAGAACACGAAUCAUCGGAUGUGGAUGAUGGAUACUCGCUUUACGAGGCUCAUCCACCAACAUUGAGGUUCUCAAACCCAGUGAAAUUUUUUCAUCCCGAUGCUGACAGCAUGGACAGUUAUGGCACAAUUACCAGUCAGGAAAUUCUCGAAGCUUUCGAGAAGGCAAGCGAAGAACUACUGCUGGAUUCUUUCACAAGUAGUGUAGAAUCGCCACCAAAAGCUUCUCUAGACGAUGACUGUCUCUACACGGACCUUGUACAUUCCGCUUCUAUAGAUUCAACACAUGUAUAA